AUGAUUAGAUUCAAUAAAAAAUCCAUAAUUUUACCAUUAUCAUUACUCACAGUUAUACUUUUUGUGUUUAAUGCAAAAACUUUCCAUUCUUUUGCUAAUGAACAAUCCCAAAGAUUAUAUCUCAAAUAUUCAUAUAGUUCAGUUGAUGAAUAUAGAAUCGCAUCAUAUUCAAAUAGUGAUAUAGAUCAACUUCGUCGAAAUUUAUCAAUACAUUUCCCAUAUAAGAAAAAUUCAGAUGAAAUACCACGUAAUAUAUGGCAAGUUUGGAAAUCUAAUAAUAUCUCAUCAUUAGAUCCUGGUUUACAAAAAUUAAUUCAUACUUGGAAAGAUCAACAAAAUUUCACAUAUACAUUAUUACAAGAUGUUAAACUAGGUGAAUUUCUUCAUGAUGCCUUCAUUGAUACAGCACCUGCCGUCUUGGAAGCUUUAGAUCGAUUACCAGUGAUGGUAUUGAAAGCAGAUUUUGCAAGAUAUUUAUUAAUGUAUGUUUAUGGUGGUGUUUAUUCUGAUAUUGAUACUCAAGCAACAAAAAAUCUUACUGAUUGGAUAUCAUAUAAAAAUUAUAUUACACCAAAUUUACCAAAUCAAAUUGGUCUAGUAUUUGGAAUUGAAAGUGAUCGUGAUGAAAAAGAUUGGAAUAGAAAUUCAAUGUCAAGAAGAUUACAAUAUUGUCAAUGGACAUUACAGUCUAAACCUGGUCAUCCAAUGUAUAGAGAAUUAAUUGCUAGGAUUGUUGAUUUUACAUUAAAUAAUUAUGAUCCUAUAACAAUGAUUUUAACUACAAAAGAAGGUAAGAAACUUGAUUUAAAUAAAGGUUCCAAAACAAGACAAGCUGGAAUUUUACAAUGGACAGGACCUGCCACCGUGACAGAUGUAUUAUUUGAUUAUUUAAAUGAAGUUUAUAAAACUAGUGAAUUUUUAGAUCCAAAUUUAGAUUUCCCAAAAGAUAAAAUGAUUGAUCCAAAUAGAGAUCUAGACCUUUUUUCAAAAGUUAGAUUUCAAAAAUUAAAAGGUGCCAUUCAUAAUGAAUAUGAUCCAGUUGAAAGGCCUCUUGGAUGGCAAAAUUUUACUAAACAAGAAGAACCUAUUUUAUUUGAUGAUGAUGUUUUAUUAUUACCACAUAUUUCAUUUGGAAAUAGAGAAGGUGGACCUAUAGAUUAUGUUAUGCAUUAUUUCAAAGGGUCAUGGAAGAAGGAUUAG